AAAUUCAACAGAGCACACAUGACGGGGACUCUUUCAUCUCUUUUUCUUGUUUUUUUAUGUGUUUAGAGUAGUAGUUAAAUAAUUUUCUUUCUAAAGGGGCGGGAAUUCAGAUGAGGGGGUGGUCAAAGAGGAUAGCAGAGGGAUUUAAGACGCCGCUGCUUAUCAGCAGAGCAACAGACGCUGGUUUGCAGACUCUAUCAAAGUGACUAGCAUAAGAGGACAUACCAAAACAACUUUCCACAAAAAAAAGGCAAACACGACGAAAACAUGCAAAAGACGGGCGAAAGCAGAGCAACUCAGAGAUAAAGUACAUGUCAGACAUAGUUCCUCCGGAAGUGAGACCCAAACCAGCCGUCCCUGCCAAGCCCCCAAAUGUGGGUGCUCCUUCCCCCUCCAGUCCCUUCCCGCCACAAGGGCUGGGCAUUGGAGGAGGCGGUGGUGUCUCCGCUCCUCCUCCAAGUGGCAUUCCAGUCCCAAUUGGAAAUCACCCCCCAGGCCACGGAGCCAGUCAUGGUGUCGGUCACGGUCUGGGACACGGUGCAGGCCACGGUGGGGGGCACGCUGCGGUACACAGCGGAGGUCACGGUCAUGCCGUCUCCCACAGCUCCAGUGGGGGAUCCACUCUGCUGGGGUACAUUGGUAUUGAUACUAUCAUUGAGCAGAUGAGGAAGAAAACCAUGAAGACAGGCUUUGACUUCAAUAUCAUGGUAGUCGGUCACAGCGGUUUGGGAAAGUCAACUCUCGUGAACACUUUAUUCAAGUCCCAGGUGAGCAGGAGGAGCGCAGGAUGGGCCCGAGAUGAGAAGAUCCCAAAAACUGUGGAGAUCAAAUCAAUGUCUCAUGUCAUUGAGGAGGGCGGUGUGAAGAUGAAGCUGACAGUCGUUGACACUCCAGGCUUUGGAGACCAAAUUAAUAAUGACAACUGCUGGGAGCCUAUUUCCAAGUACAUCAAUGAGCAGUAUGAGAAGUUCCUGAAGGAGGAGGUCAACAUCACCAGAAAGAAGCGCAUCCCUGACACCAGGGUGCACUGCUGUCUCUAUUUCAUCUCCCCAACUGGACACUCUCUUCGGCAGCUAGACAUCGAGUUCAUGAAGCGCUUGAGUCACUCGGUCAACAUCAUUCCUGUCAUUGCCAAAGCAGACACGAUGACCAUUGAGGAGAGACAGGAAUUCAAACAGCGGGUAAGAAAGGAGCUGGAGAUGAGUGGGAUCGAGUUUUACCCACAGAAAGAGUUUGAUGAGGACAUGGAGGACAAGAGCGACAAUGACAAGAUCAGAGAGGCGAUGCCCUUUGCAGUGGUGGGCAGCGACAAAGAAUAUCAAGUGAAUGGCAAACGAGUUCUGGGGAGGAAGACAGCGUGGGGAAUCGUAGAAGUUGAAAAUCCCAACCAUUGUGAGUUUGCUCAGCUGAGAGAUUUCCUGAUAAGGUCUCACCUCCAGGAUUUGAAAGAGGUCACUCAUAACAUUCACUAUGAAACUUACCGUGCCAAGAGACUGAACGAGAAUGGAGGUCUACAUCCCAUAUCCUCCAACGACACCCAAGAAAGCAACCUGUAGUCAGUCAGGGGAGGAGUUCAGACAGAGUGAGAACAGUGCAAUGAAGCUGAUAGAUGAAGCUACAGAAUAUUAUAAUCAGUCACCGCAGCAUCGCUGCAUGCUUGGAAAACAUUAAAUCUGUAAAAAUUUGUGUCAUUUAAUCACAUCAGUUUUUUCUGAUUCCAAACUCCCCCCCAGUCGUUUAAUCAUUUCAGAGACAUUCCUAUGAAUAUUUGGAUGAACAUACAGUCCCGCCCAGAGACAGUGCCAUUUUAAAAUUAACAUGUUAUCUACUGCCAAUGCUUUGUCAUUUAUCAUUGUCUGGGCAGUAUGAGCUUAGAAAGUGCCAUGUUACUACGUGUAUAAGAGGCUUAUUUUUAAGUUUUAGUGUAGCAACUGAUGCCUGACUUCAGACAAAUGAAAUGAUUUGCUCUCAAUAUAAAAAUCACAAUUCCUAUGUAGUAGCGAUGCACGAGCCAGCUCUGCAGUUGACUCCUUACAAAUUGCUUUUUUUAAAAUUCUCAUCAGCAGCUGUUCAUUUGAAGAAAGAAUCCCUGUGGCUUUACUGUCAGGAGGGGCUUAACAAACAUUACGAGCACCGCUGCCUCCUUUUAUACGCACCCACAAAAAAAAAAACAAAUGAAAUUUCGCUAAUGAAAGUUCCCUUUCUCUGUUUAAGUUUGUGUGUGCAGAUCUGAGUACUGAGAUGAGAAACAGCUGCAACAUCAGUCACAUAUGAAAUGCAAUUCUACGGGCAGCUGUGUGUGUGCGUAAUUAAAGAGUCCACAGGGUGCAUGGCUGUGUGCUCUCCAGAUCCUGUGAUUCCAUGAUUUACCGUAAUAGAACAAAACACAAACUGAACAGUUUGGGACAAUACAGCUCAUCACGUUUUGUUUCACCACAGUGGGUACAGAGGAAAGGAAAGUUGACCAGUGCGUUUGUGCAGUGCUCAUCUGCAUUGGCUAUGUUCAUGCAUACAUGCACCCAGUUUUAAUGUUAAUCCAAAAGACUGCAGUUUUAAUUUAAAAUGUAUUACUUUAUGGGAAUAGAAGAGGCGCAUGGCCAAUUAAAAAAAAAAAAAAAACAAAUCUCAUACUCAGCAGGAGAAAGUUAUAUUUAGUGUAAAGCAGUCAUUGAAAAUCGUUAGCCUUUUCUCAAGUUUUUUUUUCAUUUAAUUAAUUUUUCUCCUCAUUGUAACCCCUGGCCAUUCAUGAAAAGAUUAUUGUGUGAACCCCAAAGAAAUCAAUCCAAUCCACUGGUGUAAUCAGUAUCAGUCUGAUAACGACUUUUGAACAGACAACUGAAAAUGAUUAUUAUUUUUUAUUUGAUGUCAUGUGCCAUUCAAAGCAUUUAUUAACAUAGGACAGCUCUGACUCAGAGAUGAGGACAGUAUUUUGCUUAGUUUUGUGUGAAUGGCAGUUUAAAAUUAAAUUCAUCUUGUUCACCACUUGGUGGCAGCACUCUGCCACGUAAAAGCAGUGACUCAACAGAACAAGAAAUAGGCACUUGGAAAAGCUUUGUGUCUUCUUCUCACAUUCUGGCUGUUGAGAUUUUUCAGUAGGUUUUUUCAUAUCUAUGAAAUUCAGUCUAAUUUCCAAGUUAAGUUUACAGAGUUUGGGUCCUCCACUGCUGUCAGUGAUAACUAAUAUGUUUCUCCAGAUCAGGUUUACAGGAAGCUUUAAGCUUUAAACCCAAUGGUAUGCACUCAACGCAGAUGUAAUUAUUCAAAAUCAAUACAUUUAUGAAGUUGUAAACAUGUUUACCAAGUUAUCUUCAGGAACUCAACAUUUAUACUGUUCUGCCAUGUACUGUCUGCAGUAGAGCACAAAGAUGCCAAAACUAAGUAUUUCAAUCUUUCAAUAUUUACCAACAGUUUUGUUUUAAGUGGAAUCAUCAUUUUAUACAAUCAUACUCCUUUGUGCGAUUUUGAUAUGAAAUGUGAUGUCUGCAACUAAUGAUAAUAGUUGUCUGUGAUUUUAGUGCAGUCAAAGGUUGUCAAGCAGAAAUUUGAAAUUGUUCGUGUGUGCAUGCUUGUGUCCAUAUUGCCUGUUUGCUUACAGCCAAUCUGUUCACACAUCACUGCAACUUUACAUCAACUUAUCAGCUAUUUCCGAGUGUGUGGUGUGUACAUUAAAUUGCUAUGUCAUGAGGUGAAGCGCUGCUGUCUUAACUCCUGUAACUAAACUGACAGCCCACUAUCCACAUAUCACACAUCCCUUUGAAAAAGUAGAACUUCACAAUGCAAAUUUAUUUAGUAACCACUUUUCUCAAAGUUGCUGUGACACAUUUAGACAUAAUUUUCAGUGUUAUAUUGAGUUAUUUAUACAUUAAUGUCUUAUUGUAAUUUAUUCUUGAUUUAAUAAAAGCACAUUUCCAUGUUUUUUUUGAAAGCUUUCUUAAUGAAUGUCUCAAUGAUGAACAGUUUACAUGAUUUAUAGUACAAAUAUUUCUAUCAUACCCUCAAAAUGCUCAAGUUAAUAUUUGUGAUAUGUUUGCUGUUAUCGGUUGUUAUUCGUCUCAGUUUUGGAACUGUUGCAUGGAUUUUAAAUAUUUACAUUCCUGCAGGUAUAUCAUGAAUAAUGAUAAUAGAAAGUUUUAGGGAAAACCACCCAUCUCUGUGUUUGUAUGCUAAGCCUGUAACCUU